AUGGACACUCAAGAGAUUCUUGCGGUACACGAUAUCUUGCAUCUUGUUUACCACCGCAACAAGAAUCAACACCGUCAAGCAAAAUGGUGGAAGUGGUUGUCGCAACUCAAGCGUACUGCGCGGGAUCUCGCGUCGCGGGAUACAGGGAUCGCUAUUCCGGUCUCUCAUAAGGAGUAUCUAUCGACGCAUCUGAUUCCCAGGUGUUAUUUAGCAUUCUCGACAGUGGUCGCUGAAAAUCAGUUCAUGGCACUGGGCAUUGUGCUGAUGGCGACAUUGUCCCGCUUCUCCAGGGCGGCGGGCAUCAAGCUUAAAGAAAAAGAAGAGACGCGCCCAAAGCCACAGGUCAAGAAGACGCUUUUGGUUCCAUCGACUCCCACUGAAGAUCGUGGAGAACGCGUCAGUCGCACUGAUAUCUCAGGGCCGGUCUCAUCUCAGCCUGAACCCGAGUCUCGAGUUGUCAAAUCCAGCAAAAAGUCAGAGAAGUUGGGUAUGGAAGUAGAUGUGCCUACUCCUCCUGCUGCUGCUACUGCUACUGCUACUGCUACUGCUACUGCUACUGCCCCGCCUCCUAAGAAAGCGAAGAAAAGCAAAAAGAAGAAAAAUGCCAUUGAUGAUUUGUUCAGUGGUCUUCUGUGA